AGAAUUUGAUCCGUGUCGAGCUGCACUGACUCUUCUAGGAAAGACUGUGAAAGCAAGUGAAUCUCUCAAUCACACAUCUGGAAAACCCUUGCUAGAAUCAGGAUCUGUGUUUAUUGGUGGAUUUCCGUAUUCUCAUGGGACAAACCAGAUUUCUGGACCAGUGGAAAAUUUUACUGGCUGCAUAGAAGUUAUAGAAAUAAGUAACUGGAAAUCUUUCAUCCCAUCCAAGGCAGUGAAGAAAAUUCACAUUGAAAAUUGCAGAUCCCAGGAUUCCACUCUCUCUACAGUGUCUUCUGUUGCUCCGUCUAGUGCAACGGAAGGGAUUGAGUCCAUGUGGACCUCCCUCAGCACCGUAUCUGUAGCGCCACCCAUGUGCCAGGAGGACCUGUGUCACAAUGGAGGCACUUGUCAUCCUGUCUCCCUCCCCAGCGGUACCUUCUCACUGCAUUGUGACUGCCCACUACAUUUUACUGGCCGUUUCUGUGAACAAGAUGCAGAUUUACUUUUUCCAUCUUUUAAUGGGAAUUCCUAUCUAGAACUACCUUUUUUUACAACCUUGGAUGAGUUCACAUGUGUCCCGGAGAAGGAACAUAACAGAACUGUUACCAUAUACUUGACUAUAAAGACAAACACUUUGAAUGGAACUAUUCUUUAUAGUAGUGAGAAAAAUACUGGACAACAGUUUCUUCAUUUAUUUCUCAUGGAUGGAAGGCCCACAGUUAAAUACGGAUGUGGAAGUCCUCAAAAUAUCUUGACUCUCUCUGCCAAUUAUAGCAUUAACACAAAUGUAUUCAUCCCUAUCACAAUAAGCUACACAAUCGCUGUGGGCAGCUCUCAAAGUGUGUGUAUGAUUGAAAUGACUGCAGAUGGAAAACCUCCAAUACUGAAGAAAAACACAGAGUUAUCCCAUGUAUCUCAGUUUCAUUUUGAGUCAAUGUUCCUUGGCCAUAUCCCAGCAGAUGUUAAGUUCCAUAAGAAUGCAGGUCACAUCCAUGGGUUCAAUGGUUGCAUUCAAGAGCUUCAAGUAAACAACAAAGAAUUCUUCAUCAUUGAUGAAGCACUGCGUGGAAAGAACAUUGAAAACUGCCGUGUCCCAUGGUGUGCUCAUCAUCUAUGCCACAACAAUGGCACCUACACCAGAAAUACAUACAACAAGAUUGAAGAAUCAAACCAGCGCCAUGACCGGCUUCAGGAGGCCCCAGAAAUUAAGAGGCCCAAAUUUCUGAGGCAUGACUCAGCAGGCUUAAACAACCGCCAUUCCCCCUGCCCGAACCAAUCACUGGGGUUUGGGAAGUACCGGUCGUUCCCCCGCUUCUCGGCCGCCUAGUUUUAAACUCACCAAUCCCUCUGCGCUGUACCGACCUCCGCAGCCACCCUGUCCUAUCACAUUGUAGUUUCUGCCCAUCACCCUUUUCCCGCCCUGUCUGAAAUAAAAACCUUACCCCUCCAUUGUUCGGGGCUCUCAGCACGGAUCCACUGCAUU